UUAAAUAUUGUAAUAAAUGUUAUGGCACGUGCAGGACACGCGCAUUGGAUAGAAAGUGGGGACAAAAACAUAACUUGGGGAAGAAACACAAAGAAGCAAAACCUUGAACCAGGGAAAAAAAACAGCGGCGGUUCUGGGAAAAAAACAGGAAGGAUUUCGCAAUUAAAAGACAAAACAACCCUUGUCUUUAGAGGAAAACAGCUCUUCUUAUCUUGUUUUCUUUGUCUUCUGCCUUCUUUCUUCCCUUGGUUUUAUAACCUCUCCGAUUCCCCCAAAACCCAGGGGCUUCUUACACGCACACAAUCCUUUAAAGCUAUUGUCUUUCUUAUAUAAGUAGUGAAUCUUCUUCUUCAGCUCCCACAAAAUCUCCGAAAUAACUUUCAAAACAGGGACAAAAAGUUUCAAAUCGCUUUCUUGUGUGUUGGGUUUGUGUUUUGUACGAUCAAGUUGUUGUUACAUGUAAGACAAUCGAAAUCAAAGAUGCGGAUGAGCUGUAAUGGAUGUAGAGUUCUUCGAAAAGGGUGUAGUGAGGAUUGUAGUAUAAGACCGUGUUUAGCUUGGAUCAAAUCGCCUGAAGCGCAAGCUAAUGCAACUGUGUUUCUCGCCAAGUUUUAUGGCCGUGCUGGACUCAUGAACCUCAUCAACGCCGGUCCCAAUCACCUUCGUCCUGGAAUUUUCCGAUCGUUGUUGCACGAAGCUUGUGGGAGGAUUGUGAAUCCGAUCUAUGGUUCGGUGGGUUUGUUGUGGUCGGGGAAUUGGCAGCUUUGUCAAGACGCCGUUGAGGCUGUGAUGAAAGGAGAACCGAUCAAAGAAAUCGCCACAGACGCUGCGACGAUCGGCCAAGGUCCGCCGCUUAAGAUCUACGAUAUCCGACAUAUCUCCAAGGAUGAUAACUCCGCCGCCGCUGCGGCUACUGGCUCAACCGAUUUGAAACGGGCGAAAACUCGCCGGGCUAAGCGGGUAUCUACCGUCGAGAAACAGGCGGAAUCGGAGGGAAAGUCCGGCGAAGCUAGUCACGAGUCGUCUUUGAGUCAUCAGUCUGAAAUAGUGGCUGCUCAUGAAGGAGAGAGCAAGGAAUCGGAGAGCAAUGUCUCGGAGGUUUUGGCAUUUUCGCCACCGACUGUGCAGGGCUCCGGCGAGAUAAAGCUUGACCUAACUUUAGGGCUCGAGCCGGUGUCACGUGCGUAUCAUGUGGUACCUGUAAAGAAGAGAAGAAUGGGCGUGUUUGGCACGUGUCAGAAGGAGAGCACGUGUAAGACUGAGCUAAUGCUUUGAGCUCCGUUGUAGCUUGCCUCAGAAGUUUUGCCCCAAUCAGCUCUAUUCGGCUCGGCUAUGAUGAUCGUCAAAGUCGAGCCGAUAACUUUCUAAAUAUAUUUUCUCUAUUUUCCCCUUUUAAUUUUCACUUUCCGUUGUGACCAAAGAAUAGAGUAUAUGUACAAACUUAUUUACAGAGAUUAAUUCAAGAAUUGGCCUAGAUGUUAUUAA